AUGCCCACCAUCCUAGGCCUCACCAACGAAAAGUCGCCGCACGCCGGCCGGGGUAACAGCCCGCACGUGUCGUCGUCGACCACCAUGGGCUCCAACGCGCGGCUCGACACCAUCUCGAAGCGCAACCACGCGGCCGCGCGCGAGAUGGAGACGCUGCUGUGGCGCGCCCUGUGCGACGAGCCCGAGACCCUGCGCGAGUACCUGGCGCACGACUGCAUCAUGAUCAACCCGCUGCUGGCCCCGGACGGCUCGUCCGAGCCGCUGAGCAAGGACACCCGCCCCGGCGUCGUCGACGUGCUGCAGGCCGCCGCCGCCGGCCGCAAGCUCGCCGGCUUCCGCAUCCACGGCCAGCCGCUCGUCGUCGAGGUCGACCUGAUGGCCGUCGCGCUGGUGUAUAAGAUCAGCCUAUUCCGGCAGGGCCGGAAGGGACAGCAGGAGAUCGUCGCCAGCGCGAGCUCGACCUGGAGGCAGACGGCCGGGGCAGAUUGGUUGCUGGUUGCGUUCCAUGUGCAGUAUGCGGAUGAGGAGGAGGAGGAGGAGGAGGAGGAGGAGCGCUAG